AUGACUCUUAGGUGUUUCGCUUUCUCUCUCUUAAUUUUCCUAAUCACAUUCACUUUCCAUGCGGCGACUGGAAGUUAUAUUCCAAACAAAAAACAUUCGAGUUACCGCAGCUUCCGGAACCAAUUUCUGAUUCCUCAGAACAUUGCUCGGGCCUCGGUGGGGUUACAUCCCUUAAUAUGGGACGAAAAGCUAACCGAUUACGCGCAAUGGUACGCGAACAAGCGGCGUAACGACUGCGCGUUGGAGCAUUCUAACGGGCCCUACGGCGAGAACAUUUUCUGGGGGAGUGGUGUUGGAUGGAACCCAGCACAAGCAGUGAGUGCUUGGGUUGAUGAGAAACAGUAUUACAACUAUUGGCAUAACUCCUGUGUUGAUGGAGAAAUGUGUGGACAUUACACACAGGUUGUUUGGGGUGAUACAAAGAGAGUUGGAUGUGCUAGUGUUGUUUGUUCGGAAGGGAAAGGUACUUUUAUGACAUGUAACUAUGAUCCUCCUGGGAAUUACUAUGGAGAGAAACCUUAUUGA